UCAAUCGGCAGUGCAAAAACAGCUGAUCCAGCAGUGUACUCGCGUCCGUGCGCCGUGGUGUUACGGUGUGAUGUGUGCGUCUGAAGCGUUUGUGAAAACAAGCGUUCUAUGCCUCAAAUAUCCAGAAACGCGAUCGAAAUUUCGUCUCGUCUCUCGUGUUUUCGGGCAAUCGCGAGGUGUUUUCGGUUUUGUGUGAUCUGCUGAGUGGAAUAAUCAUCUUUUCCCAUCCCAAUUACCAGUUUGGAAGCACCGGUAGUGGUAACUUUUCUUGCGGUGAUAAAUCACGGGUGAUAUACUAGGUUAAGUCAUUCGAUUUUCGGUGUGCAUUUUCCAAGUGCGUCCUUAGUUUUGUGAUAUCGUAAGCAAUUUUGCAAUUUUGUGUUCUCCAAGUGUGACAUCUGCAGCUUUCACCAUGGCAGACGAGAUUCUUUUCGACGAAGUCUACGAACUCUGCGAGAUCAUUGGAAAGGGUCCUUUCAGCCUUGUGCGAAGAUGUAUACACAGGCAGACUGGCCAACAGUUUGCCGUGAAAAUAGUCGACGUUGCCAAAUUUACUUCUAGUCCAGGAUUAAGUACCUUAGAUUUAAAACGCGAAGCCACCAUUUGUCAUAUGCUAAAGCACCCACACAUAGUAGAAUUGUUGGAAACCUACAGUUCGGAAGGCAUGCUGUACAUGGUCUUCGAAUAUAUGGAUGGUUCCGACAUCUGUUUCGAGAUCGUUCGCCGGGCAAUGGCAGGGUUCGUUUACAGCGAAGCAGUAGCCAGUCACUACAUGCGUCAGAUCCUGGACGCCCUGCGGUACUGCCACGAGAACGACAUCAUCCACAGGGACAUGAAACCGCACUGUGUUCUUCUCGCCAGCAAAGCCAACUCGGCCCCCGUCAAACUUGGCGGUUUCGGCGUCGCUGUUCAGCUCCAGCAGGGACAGCUCAUGAACGGAGACAGCUACACGGCACGAUCCCGUCAAAACCUCAGUCCUACGGGUAGACUGUAUCUAAAGUCUAACGAUGAGGGAGCUAUCGGUACUCCACAUUUCAUGGCACCAGAGGUUGCGGAAAGGAGAGAGUAUGGCAAACCCGUAGAUAUCUGGUCGGCAGGCGUGUUAUUACACAUUCUUCUAUCUGGCACUUUACCAUUCUUGGGAUCAAGACAUCGACUGCAGCACACAAUUUUAAAGGGGAAAAUAAAUUUUGAUUCACCGCAGUGGCAAUUUGUCAGUGAACCAGCCAAAGAUCUGAUUCGAAAAAUGCUCACUCUAGACCCAAACACAAGGCCUACUAUUCAAGAUGUCCUGAGUCACAGGUGGCUGAGGGACCGAGACAAAGUUGUGUCCAAAGAUCAUCUCAUAAAAACGGUGGACGAGUUACAAAAAUACAACAUGCGGCGACGGCUAAAGGGAGCUGUCAUGGCCGCUGUUUCGUCUUCAAAGUGGGCAAGUUUCCAAAUGGAUGUCAACUGUGAAACUGACUUAUUUUCUGAUUUUGGAGAAGAUGAAGUCACUUCAUCAGCUGUGAAUAUGAUAUUGGAUUCCUUAGACGACAUUCACUGUUUGCAAGAGUUUGGAACAGUUUAUGCAGAUCACAAAGACCUCGUUAACUCGUUACUCGAAGAUGAACAACUACAUCAACUACUUGAUUUGUACGAUCGGAUCGCGAGUAAGGUGGUGGUGGUUUCGCCGAGCAAGCCGCCGUGCAGCGAUGCCGUGUUCAAGUGUCGGGACGUCCUGGACACCCUCAAGGACCUCGAGCAGACCUCCACGCUGGACCCACAGCUGGCCGCCGACGUAGAUCACCUCCGGCAGAUCCUCUCCAGGCCACAUUUUAAGGCCCUGCUGCAGGCGCACGACGUGGUGGCGCACGAGAUCUACGGGGAGGAGGCGGUGCGGGUGACGCCACCCCCCUUACCCCUGUACCUAAACGGAGAGGACGAGGCUGAAACACCCAACGGCGACGUCGAGUUCGAGAACGUCACACGGGUCCGACUCGUUCAGUUCCAGAAACACACCGACGAACCAAUGGGAAUAACGUUGAAGAUGAACGAGGAAGGAAAGUGCAUUGUGGCGAGGAUAAUGCACGGUGGCAUGAUUCACAAACAGGCCACCCUCCACGUCGGUGAUGAGAUCAAGGAAAUCAAUGGAAUUCCAGUCGCCAAUCAGUCAGUCAACUCCCUCCAAAAAAUGCUGAAAGAAGUUCGCGGAUCAAUUACCUUUAAAAUUGUACCUUCAUAUCGCAGUGCUCCCCCUCCUUGUGAGUUGUUCAGGAUAAAGCCCGACCCAGUUCUUAUUUUUGUACGUGCUCAAUUUGAUUAUGACCCUCUUGAAGACGAUCUUAUCCCCUGUGCCCAAGCAGGGAUCGCCUUCAAAACUGGAGAUAUACUUCAGAUAAUUAGUAAAGAUGACCACAACUGGUGGCAAGCGCGGAAGGAUAGUGCGGCUGGUUCCGCGGGACUCAUCCCUUCGCCUGAGCUUCAGGAGUGGCGCAUUACCUGUGCACAAAUGGAGAAAUCCAAGCACGAACAAGACAAGGAAUCUGUCCCCGGGUGUUCCUCCCACAAAGACGGCUGUGACUCAUCAGCAGUUAAUUGCUCAAUAUUUAGUCGUAAAAAGAAACAGUACAAGGACAAGUACUUAGCGAAGCAUAAUGCUGUUUUCGAUCAACUUGAUCUAAACACAUACGAAGAAGUCGUCAAGCUUCCAGUAUUUGUUCGGAAAACUCUGGUCUUAUUAGGAGCCCACGGCGUUGGUAGGAGGCACAUUAAAAAUACACUAAUAGCAAGACAUCCUGAUAAAUACGCAUAUCCCAUACCUCAUACAACAAGGGAACCUAGGAGUGACGAGGAAAACGGUAGAAAUUAUUACUUUGUUCCUCAUGAUGAAAUGAUGGCUGAUAUAGCUGCAAAUGAAUAUUUAGAAUAUGGUACUCACGAGGGUGCAAUGUACGGAACCAAAUUAGAAACAAUUCGCAAAAUUCACUUAGAAGGACGAGUUGCGAUUUUGGAUGUCGAGCCCCAAGCCCUGAAGGUCUUACGAGUCGCUGAGUUUUCACCUUAUGUUGUAUUCAUUGCUGCACCUCAGCUUCAGAAUCUAACCGAUGUGAGUUCAGCAAAGAAUAUUGAUGUUAUGAAUUUUGAUGGGAGUUUGGAACGAUUGGCCAAAGAGUCAGAAGUUCUGCGACAAGCAUACGGUCACCUUUUUGACCUGACAAUCGUUAACAAUGACAUCGAGGAAACCAUAAUAACGCUAGAGCAUGCCAUCGACAGAGUGCAUGCCGGACCACAAUGGAUUCCUGUCUCUUGGGUCUAUUGACACUCCAAUUCUUUUGGAUUCAUAUACUAACUGAAUUACAUUCUCCUUCAAUACAGUACUUAAUCAAAAUAUAAGAUUCCUAAGGCUGGAAGAAAGUAGAAUUGCUCUAAGUUUGUAAGUAAAUGCCAAGUAGCGGAAACAUCCAAUUUUCAUAACAAGUGCGAACACCUAUCACAGCCUAAGAGCUGUCCCAGGUAGCACAAAAAGUGGGGUGACAUUUAAUAUGUCCAGAACAUUUUUAAAACAUUCAACAACUCCAUUCAAAUUUCUUCUAAUGGUUGUCAUCAGUACUUCCUGCUGUUGUCAAUGAAAACCAUGAAUGUAUGAUUUUCUUUAAUUGGCAGAGAUCAAUAAAGUUGUAAUUUUACAAUACGUUUAAUGCGUUUUCGUUUUAAGUACACUUUCAAGACAUCUCAAGAAAAUUAUCAUAGCUAAAUGGGGCUUUGCAACAUCAGAUCCAAUCGGGAAUGAGUUUUAGUUUGAAUUCUGAAUGCUAAUGUGUUUUGAGCAAUCUCAGAGAUAAAAAAUAGAACCACUGACUCAGAUGGAAUGUGUUACCAAUUCUGCCAAAAUUCACCACGCUGGUCUGUAUAACUGUCUAAAUUUAGUUGAUUAAGUUUGAUGAUAAAAAAAAAAAAAUUCCAUGAAAAAUAAGAGAAUAUUUGGGGAGGAAGGGUUGGAAGAUGUCUCAAAUGUGUGCUUAUUUUGUAAUUUAUCUCAGAUCAUUCCAGUUUUGCUAAUGAGUACGACGAUUGAUUCCAGUUUUCCGAGAAUAUUCUUGUGCUAUCUGGGUUGAGAAUAGAUUUUAUAUGCGCAUUUUUGUGAUGCUCAAAGAUUGCAAGAAUAUUGAUGUAAACUUGCAACUUGCUUGUCUUGACCAACCAGAAAAUGGAACUUACUUUUUGAUUGAUUGUCUGCAUUGAUUUUUGUUCUUCCACCAGUUACUUAUCUUCUUCUUCCUCUAAUUCUUAAGAAUUGGACAGUGUUUAAUGUUAAAAAUCAACACUUCGCUGUUGCUUAUGUUAAAAGAGGAAAUUUUUUUUCCCUGAAUUAUUUUUUUAUUUUUCCUUUGAAUAAACCCUUGUGGCAUUGGCAGUUAAAUUAGGUGGACUUUAAAAAUAUGUUAAAGAAAAUCGUUACUUAAAUGUACAAGUUAGGCAAUUGUUUUGUAAAGUAAAGUUUCUGUGAAGUCAACGUUAAAAGAAAGUUAUGAAAAAAAUUGGCAUCAAAAUUUUGUUGAAUUCUAAAAAUCACCCACAUUAAUGCCAGGCAUAGAAUUAUUAGCAAAAUGUGCAACAUAAAAAAACCAAAGUUCCGUGUAAAAUGUUUGUAGAAUUUGAUUGAAAUUUACUCCAAUGAAAUGGGAAAAAAGUCUUUAAGUGCAUGGUGGCACUUUCAUGUGAAAAAGAACAAAACAUGUUUCCCAACACAGAUAUACUAGCAGUUUUUUUUUUUCAGCCUGUGCUACUAGGGAUGAGAGUUUCUUUUGUGUGUUCGUCCAUGAAAUCUUACCAGGACAAGUCAGUGUUAAAGUCUUUAAGUAAUUUGCCCAAAGAAUGAUUACUUGAUGUCUAGUGUUGUUGCAAUCUCCUAAUUAUUAUAGUUACCAUUCACAAGUAAAGUAAAAAAAUCCAUUUCAGGGCAAUAAUUUAGCUGCAACCAAAACGUUUAAGAACAUAUUAGGGAAGUUUUGAGCUGACCUUGUAGCCGCAAGAAGGAAAACAUCAAAUGAAAAUAUAUUUCUAAUCAUGGAAAUAUUCCUUCUCUUGUUUUGUCUAAAGAAUAUAUUUUGGGUAAACUUUUUUUUAUCAUCCUUGUAAGCUCAUUAAAUGUAUAAAUGUCAGUUAUCCGUUUCAGCUCCUCUGUUCCUUUUAUUUACAAAUAAUUUUAAUAAUUAAUAUGAAAAGACAAAAUGCCAGUAUAAUUUAUAAGAUCGUAAAUAGUCGGAGGGCAGGAUCAAGAGUAGGCAUUUCAAUAGACUCUUUCAAAGAUGAGAUUCAUAUUAUUAUUACCUAUUUUUAUUCCCCGUCAUAAUAGGACUGCGUUAUGGUCAAGUAUACCAGGGAUUACAUUCUAAGGUUUUGGACAGAAUUGAAAUUUCAUUUUGAAAAGCUCAUUUAAGGUCAAUAGGCUCCUUGCGCAUUCUGCCAAACGGAGGUUCGAUGCUUAAGGCUCAUAGCUUUGGCAUGAACAAAAACAUUACGUUCGAACUUCUAGUUUCUUAAUCCAGAGUUAACCUGCGAUAACAGAGAUAUUAAAUUUCUUUGAAAACAGAGAGGAAAAAUUUUAUGUUGUCGCUCACUGCCAUAUUGCAUACUAUGGUUUAGUGGUUAUCUUUGGAUCCAUCUUUCAGUGAUGAGACGCUUAUGCACCAGUGCUGUCACAGCCAGUGCUGAGAAGCAAGGGUAAAAUAAAGCAUAGUACCUAUGCACCAUUGCUGUGGAUGAUGGCAUUCACCGUUUUGUUGGGGCAAUAUUUCCUCUUACAUUAAGUGAAGAAACUUGGUGUUGGCAUAGAUCUUAUAACUUGAUGCUGCUUCAUGUUGUGUGAUCAGAAACAGAAUCUCAUCUGCCCUUCCCUCCAUUUUUUCUCAGAAAAAUGAUCCCAAAAAAAAAUUUAAUGUAACUUACUCUUCGAGACAUUGGUCAAAUAAUCCUCUCCAAAUUUGGAAAUUUUUUUUCAAAGAUUUGUAACUCAAACACGGAUAAACUGGAGAUACAUGAAGCAAUUUUUAAAAUAGUUUUGUUCUAAUAAUUUACGGAGGUGGGGAAGAAACUGCCGACAAAAAUUUAGCUUACCUACAAUAAUAAUACUAUGGUGGGAGAUGGAUUGUAUUCUAUUUAUUAACGAAAUUAAUAACUUGUUUCAAUUAACUACGAAGUUAAUCGUACUAGAGAAAAUCGUUUUUGAAUAAAAUUUUCCAUUCUUUCAGCUUUUUCAUUUUAUAUCAUUACGGAGGAAAGCUUCACUAGGUAUUGUACAGGAGUUAACCUCCUCUUUCGAUGUAGACAUCUUUCAGCUUAUUAAUUACCUAGAUCAAGACGUUCAACAUAUUUUAUUAGCUCAAGAUUUCAGGUUACUUAAUCUGAAUGAAAUGUUAUUCUUAAAUCGACAUUUUCUCUUCUCUUGCAUAUUUUACCAGCAAUUUGUUUUUAAAACAUCUUUUCUCUAGUUUUCAGUCUUAGAACAAUUUAAACCAAAGAGUCCUUGAAAUUUUGAUUAAUUGAGUCGUUUCCCUUUUUUAGAAUAGAUCGCAAAUCAUUACCAUCAAAAAUAUAGAAAUUGAUUAAUUAGUAAUUAAAAAUCUAGUUAACAAAUUUAUCUUGUAAAAAUCAAAUGUUAAUUAUUGUAAUGUAUACAGUAAGAUAAUUGUAAAUAAAAGUAUUUGAUUACGUGGUUAUUUUAUGAAUGAAAGAUUUUGUUUAAAUUUGUUGCAAUAUUAUCUGUAUGUACAAUAACUUUUUCCUUCAGAAAGUGAUGGAAGCAUUACCUAGGCAAUAUGUUCAAAUUUUUAUUUGUAAAAAAAGUGACUUAAUCUUGUACAGAAUAAAACUGUAUCUAUCUACUGAA